GACUUGCCGUCCAAUAACCCAUCGCUUUUCUUCCCAUGCUCCUAAAAAAGGACACAGCAUUUUGGCAGCCUGACAGUGCCAUUCUAACCUAGAACUGUGUGCAGAACCAAAACAAAUAAUAUUGGGUGGUAUUUUCUUAUGAGUCACAAAAUGAGUUGUAAACGAAUAAUCGACCAACCAUUAACUGGCGUAACUCCUUAGUUUGUAAAGUGCACCUUGGUUGUUCUUCGGCUGAGAGAUGGCGAAGAGUAAAAUUUCCCUGAUUCUGGACAGUAUCGAGCCCCAGGAGCGUUUGAAAAAAUUAAUCACCUACAGUAAUUUGAUUGAAGUGGAGCCCCAUGUGCCCCCCAAACGAUACUACAGAUCAGGCCUGGAAAUGGUUCGCAUGGCAAACGUCUACCAUGCGGAAGGAAACCUGGAGAAUGCCUACUGUUUGUACCUGAAGUUCAUGACUUUGUUUCUGGAAAAGAUUAGGAAACAUCCGGAGUUUAGCAAAGUCCCAGCUGAUAUGCGUGCAGCCAAUCAGGCAAAACUGCGGGAAGUGUUGCCCAAAGCCGAGAAACUCAAGCAACAGUUGCUCGAAAUCUACAAAAGGGACUAUGAGCUUUAUCUGGGGAAACUGAUACGACUGGAGCAAGAAGGUGAAGAGAGAAGAAAGGCUGAACUAAAGAAAAAAGAGCCCUCCAAACGACAGCCAAGUGCUGCGCCUAGAGAGUUUGUAACCGCGGAAAUUCCAGCAGCAAUUGAUAGUGUUAACUAUCCAGACCCGAAUUUGGACGCAACCCCUUCAGCCCCAGAUCUGCCUCCAUCCUAUGAAAAAGACUUUAUUCCCCCAGUUCCCACAUUUGAUAGAGGCAAAAAGCCGUCGUCUGAGUCACUAACGAAGUACGACACUGAUACUCUAAGGGCCGUUUUAGUGCCUGCGAAAGUAAUGACUCUCUUCCAGAGUCUCGCGCAAAACAAUACGGAUAAAAACGUGGAAACUUGCGGCAUUUUAGCCGGAAAGCUUGAAAUGAAUCAGCUGAUCAUCACCCACAUGAUAGUGCCCAAGCAAAGCGGCACUUCCGACUCAUGUGCCACAACUAAUGAAGAGGAGAUUUUCGACUACCAAGACCACCAUAAUCUCAUUACCAUUGGAUGGAUUCAUACUCACCCCACUCAGACAGCGUUUCUGUCCAGUGUCGAUAUGCACACUCAUUGCCCUUACCAGCUACUCAUGCCUGAAGCCAUUGCUAUUGUUUGUUCGCCAAAGUAUCAAAGCUCCGGAUUCUUCAUUCUCACCCCCAAUUACGGGCUGCAAUACAUCGCAAACUGCAGGAAGGUCGGGUUUCAUCCGCACCCUACAGAUCCUCCCCUUUUCAAGCAUGCUGAUCAUGUACGGGUGGAAAAUGCCCCACUAGACAUUCUUGAUUUGCGCAAAUAACUUUCACUGUUUAACCGUGCUGGGAUGGCAUUUUUCCAUGUGUUUAAUCGCAUUUGGGUUUUGCACUGCGUUAAAUAUAUUAAUGUGAUUCUAGGGUAAAUAAAGGCUUUUGUAAAGUUUUA